AUGGGUUUCGGCCUGCAUAGCAAUCUCCUUCCUCCUGUGUGCGAAGACAGUUACAGAUGCCCCCAUGCCUCCGGGCUGUGGCUGUGCCAGCCUGCCCCCAGGUGUGGGGACCAGAUCUACAACCCCUGGGAGCAGUGCUGUGAUGACACCAUCCUGCCUCUGAAUCGGACUCGCCUUUGUGGCCCUGACUGCACCUUCUGGCCCUGCUUUGAGCUCUGCUGUCCUGAAUACUUUGGCCCCCAGAGGUUUGUUGUGAAGGUGAAGGUCCUGGGGGUCAAGUCCUGGUGCUUCUCAUCCCCUAUCUCCAGAAACUGCUCCAGGAAACCUUUCUAGACAAGCUCCUUAUGAAAAUGUGAUGUUUUCCACAUGCCAGCAAAGACCCUGACCUACAUCGCUAGCUUCCCCCCAGUUCCUGCAAGGCAGACAGGAAAAGAGAGAAGCUGAUCCUGUGCUGGGCCCUGUGCUGCUCAUCUUAGGACACUCAGGGACUCCCCCGCGACCUUUGUCUCCUUGUGCCUCAGUCCCUCAUCUGUAAAACAGGGGGAAUACCCAUCUCCCUGAGCCUCUGAGGUGUUGUAAGGAAGAUACUCAGGAUUUGAGUGUUAGGGGUGAGCAGGA